AUGGCUAUUAGUCACAUAGUUGACAAAUGGGUAAUUGAGAAAAUUCACGAAUUAGUCAGCAAAAACGUAACCCAACCAAAUGAAGUAAGGCGUUGCUUGAAUGAGUACAUCGAAAAGGGCAUUCCUGCCAAUGUACCAACAGAAGAACGACCCAAAACAAACUGUCAAAAAUAUUAUCCUACAAAACAAGAUCAGCACAACCACAUCGCGAGAGCUAUCACUGCACAAAAAAUUGUAAAGAUGACCAGGAAUCACUAAGGUACAAAGUCGAUUCAUGGAAAGCUGAUGAAAACUGUCAUAUUUUUUACCGACCAACAGGAAAAGACGAUUCAAAUCUUUGCGUGCUUGAGACUGCACAUAACUCUAUUUAUUCAUCAGGGAAAAUGGCAACAAAGGCUGCUUAAACGUUAUGGUUCAGAUUUAGUUUUAAUGGGUGCAACUUAUAAAACCACCAAAUAUGUGUUGUCUCCAUUGAAUUUAUUUGCCAGAAUGAAGGCAGCGAAUCAAUUGCCGAAGCACUGGGAAUCCUUGAGACUUGGAAUCCAUGGUGGAGUCCUUUGUAUUUUAUGGUCGAUUUUUCAACAGUGGAGAUUAAAGCCAUCAAAAAGCAGUUUCCAGAUGUGGCUGUUUAUAUUUGUGACUUCUGUCGCAUCCAAGCUCAGGGGCGGAGCGAAGACAACUUUUUGCCGACAUAAGGGCGUGGCUAGAAAGCGGUUAGGGCGUGGUCAAAGCGAACCGUAUUCAUUUUUAAGUGAUGUACAAUGAUUAACUCCAAGUAGUAAGAUAAUUUAUUUUAAUUUAUUUUUAAAAUAGGCGAAAUAGUUCCGAAAAAAAUUUGAAAAAGCACAUCCAUUCAUCAUCAAACGACCGAUUGCAAACUAAACACGUCAGUUUCUCUCUCUUCCGUUUGCGUUUUUGCUUGCUACUUUCCAUACUUUUAAAUCAUCUCCGUAUUUCUCAUUGUAUAAAAGACCGUUAGGUGUAAUUUCUAAGACCUUGACUGGCUUUACAAGAUUAUGAAAUGAAGCACAGACGCAUCAACAGUCAACACGCACAUGUGCUUCGAAUUUCCUAGCUAUGGUAUACUUCACAAAAUUGCAAGAAAAUAUAAUACUAUUAAAUAGCGUAUUAGGGUAAUAAGUUCUUGGCCAAUUUAGCUGAAUGUUCGGGCUGAGCUUUCAGUCGACAUAUCCAUCUUUUCGAUCUCACAUUUUCUACAAAUUUUCUGCAAUCUCUCUCCAAUCAGGUAUUGGCUUGAUCCAAUUCAUUUUGCCGACAACUGAUUUAUUGUGCCGACGGACACAGCAUUGGUUGGGUGCGACCCCCCCCCCCCUUAGCUACGCCCCUGUCCAAGCUUGCAAAGGUGGGCAUGUUUAACAAAGAAUGGCCGCAGUCCAAAAGAGCAACAGGUAUUCCUUAAUCUUUUUAAGCUUGUUGCAAGUGUGACUGAUGAGGAACAGUACAUAUCUGUGUACCAGAAAACCCAACAUUAAAAGCUACGAGGAAAACACAUGGAUGGCAUGCGAAAAAUGGUGGGCUAGGUAGGUAGGUAAAACUUUAUUUAACUACGCUGGGCGUAGAUGUAACUAGUUAAAAAAAUACAAUUAAUACAAAUUAUGGUCAUGCAUUACAGUUAACAACAAAUAUGAUACAUUCACAAAUACAACUAGUAUAUAAUUAUUUACAUACUAAAUUAAUGUCAGUACUAUGUAAUAUUCUUAAUUAAUGUAAUUAAUUAAUUAAUUAAUUGGCCAGGUGUCAUAUACAUGAAUUGAAUGAAGCAAGAGAAUGUUUGUUUCUUGCUUCAUCUGAAAGGCUGUUCCACAAUUUUGCUCCUCUAUAACGUCUCACUCAUUGAGAGUGGACAUGUGUUUUCGAGCUCCUCAAUUUUGAGCUUGAAAUUUGUUUUAAAAUCAUGUCUCAGACUAAAGAUACUAUUAAAAGCUUACGCAAACAAAAUAAAGAUUUGAAGAAUGAAAUUGAUACUCUAUGAGACGAAUUUAGAAAAUUUCAAGAUUCCGUCGCCAAUAAAGGGAAUAGCCAUGAUGCUCAGAAAUGCCAGACGCCAAGCGUAGAAACUCAGAAAAGCUUGGACUAUUUGGGAAAUGAAUAUGACGAUCUAAAUCGCUUCAGCAAAACAGCUAAACAAGAAAUCUCGCGUCUAGAAUCUCGACUUGCUGAAAUAGCUGACAAGGUUGAACUCGUAUCAAACUCGAUUGAUGAAGCACAAGAAUAUUCUUAUUCGUACAAUGUGAAAGUCGUUGGAAUACCACAUCUUAAACAAAAAGAAUCUGCAAGAGAUACAAGUGAUCUUUGUAUAAAAAUCUUUAACGAAAUGGGCAUUGCAUUAUCGAUUCAAGAUAUCGACAUUGCUCACCGUGUGCCUACAAGGAAGAUGAAUGAUAAUCAGCCAAAGCCGAUUAUUUACAAGUUUACACGGCGUCUUGCUCGAGAGCAAGUUAUGGCGGUGAGGAGGGAUAUCACGAAAGUGGAUCCAAGCCAUCUUGGUCUACUUCCUGAAUCAAACUUGUCGCAUGCGGGAAUAUAUGACCAUUUAACCCCACGUCUGCAAAAGUUAUUAGCAGAAGCCAGGAAAUUUAAAGAUGACAAUAAUUAUAGAUUUUGUUGGACAAAACACAGAUCUAUCUAUCUACGAAAGACUGAAAACUCAAAUCCAAUCAGAAUACACCAACGUAGUGACUUGACAAAGAUAGCCAUUGGAACCAGUUAA